AUGGCAGACGAUUUACAAGCGAAUUUACAAAAUUACAUACUGCAACUUCAACAGGUUGAAGCUGCCUUGACUAUAGAUCCUGAUAAUCAAGAGUUGCAAAAAUUAAAAAAUGAUUUAGAAGAAGUAUUAACGUUAACAAAAGAUUUAAUAAAACAACAGCUAAUAGAAUCUGGGAAAGGUACUUUUCCCGGUGGGAGUACUGAUCCUUCUGUAUUAAUCAGCGAUCAGGAUAUAUUGACAAGCAUUCCUAAACAUAAAUAUAAAGUCGGAGAUCGCUGCAUGGUCAUGAGCAGUGAUGAUGGAAUGUACUACGAAGGUGUUAUUCAAGAAAUUACAGAUGAAACUGAACAAGUUUCUGUUAGAAUAGAACAUAAUGGAAUGAUUGAAAUAACGGCUCCAUCAUUUCUUAAACCGAUUGUAAAACCAAAUGUGAAAAAAAAAUCAGAUCUGGACCAUAAGCAUAAAAAACAAUCGCAAAGUCAGAGAGAAUAUCAAAAAAAAAAGAAAUUAAAGAAACAAAUGAGGUACAAACAACUUGAGGAAGAAAGAGAAACUGAAAAAAAUAAGUGGUUAGCUUUUACUAGUAAGAAAAAAGGAGGUCUACUCAGUAAAAAAAGCAUUUUUGCUUCACCUGAUAGUGUUACCGGACGUGUCGGAAUCGGAACAUGCGGAGUUAGUGGGCUACCAAUGACUGAAUUUUCUCAUGCUGAAAAAAGAAAAAAAGGAGUUUAA